AUGAAAAUCGAGUCUAAUUGGAAACAUGGGAAUUCACUCGGUCUUGACAUUACCGGAAACACUUACAUGCUUACCAUGACUGCGACAAAACUCACCCAAUCUCAUAUUAGCGGAUACUACAACAAUGAAAAUGACGAUUCUAUAAGACUUAUGGAUAAAACGUAUACCGAACAAACAGCAAGGUAUAUUCAACUUGUUAGUCGUAUGGAAGAGAAAUACGCCAAGGACUUUGUUGAACUCCCGAAGGUUGUAUUUUGUGGAAACCAAUCGGCUGGCAAGAGCAGUUUAUUGGAAGCAAUUGCUAAUGUUCAGCUUCCAAGAUCGCAUGAAACGUGCACUCGAUGUGUAAUGGAAAUUCGUAUGCACGAGACAUCAAAAACUACUAGUUGGGAGUGCAGCCUUUCCUUGCGUAUAGAAUACGAUAAAAACAAUAAACCGCUUUCAGAAGCAGAUAGGAAAUCUUAUCCGUUUUGCAAGGCUUUGCAUAAUCCAAAGGAUGUUGAAUUGAUGGCAUAUCGCGCUCAAAAGGCACUCUUAAAUCCAAGCGAAAAGCCUGACUUCUAUCUUAAUCACCAACCACCUGACAAGUCGAAAAAAGAAAACAACGAAAUUGAGUUUUCCAUGAAUAUAGUGUGUUUAUAUAUUAAGGGACCAAACGUUCCUAAUUUAAGUUUGGUCGAUUUGCCUGGAAUUAUCGAAUGCAUGAUAAACGUACCACAAGACGUUUCACGGAAACUUGUUGCUACGAUAAAAGACCUCACUACGGAAUAUGUGAAAAAACCCAAAUCUAUAAUUGUCGCUACCAUUCCUUGCGAUUCCGAGGAUGAGCAUCAAGGCAUUCAUAACAUAAUAAACGAGGUCGAUCCGGAGAAAAGUCGUACGGUAUUUGUCCUAACCAAACCAGACCGCAUUGAAGAAGAAACGCAUGAACGAUGGAUACGGAAGCUUGAAAAUUUAUCAGGACCAGAUUAUUUCGUAGUUAUGAAUCCGAAUCAGGCAAAAUUAAUCCAUGGAGUGACGUUUACCCAGGCUAGAGAGGAAGAAGAACAGUGGUUUGAAAACACUCAGCCAUGGUGCUCGUCCAUCUAUAAAGACAGACUCGGAGUAAAAAGACUGAGAGCAAGGCUAGAAAAUUUACUCAUAGGAAAAAUUAGAGAAAAUAUUCCUAAACUUAUGGACGAUAUAAGUGACAAAUUGAAAGAUGCGGUUGGUAAAUUGAAAGAAUUACCUCAACCGCCCGUCAAUGCACAAAUAGAAAUUAACAGAGUGACAAAAAUGUGUGAAGAUAAAAUUCGUCACAAGCUUGAACGUAGCGGAGGAACCGAUUUGAAUGAUAAAAAUGAUACUAUGUGGGAGAAAAUUAGGAACCAGCUGAAGGAGUACAAGACGGCAAUAGAAAACGAAAGGCCGGCGUUUGUGCUAGUGUCGUUGACGGCAAGAACGCUCCUUGUCGAUGUUUUGCAAAAUAUUCCCACAUUAGGCCAUAAUAGUGGGCCGUUUUAUUCAAUCAGCGUAACCACCAUGAAAAUUGCAAAUGGAUAUUCGCCAAAAGAUAAGACAUUUAUCGAGGAAUCAAAGAAUAUUAAAGAUAUUAUUAACCAAGCGAGAGGUUGUCUACUUCCCGGUAGAGUCCCCCAUGAAGUAUCGGAUUCCAUAAUCAGAGCGUAUCAACGUCACUGGAAAAAACAUUCGACGCAAUGUCUCAAAAAUAUGUUUGAUAUCAUGUGGGGGGAGAUUGAACAGAUUAUCCGCGAUUCAGCAAAACAGUACAAGAAACUUCGUUUUUUCUUGGAGGGGCGUGCAAAGCAGCGGCUCGAGUCUCGUAAAGAGAACUGCGAAGAACUGAUCGAGUCAUUUUCUGAUCUUGAACUUAGGAGAUCAUGCACUAGCGAUAAUCGAGUUGCAGAUAUGAAGAACAAGUAUCAGACCGAGUUGGUCAAACUUGUGCCUAAUGAUACGGAAGCUGCAACCGUGGUGGCCGAUGUAAAGGCUUAUUAUGAACUAUCUCUAAGAAGAUAUACGGAUUACGUAUGCAUGGCAAUAACCAACAAGUAUAUUUUUGGGUUUUCGGAAAAUUGGCAGAAUUCUAUGACUAGUGACAUUUUUGUUGACGAUAUUGAACACACGGGUAGACGCAUAGAACUAAAAGAACUCGUUGAAGAAGAUCCAGUUAUGGCAGAAAGGCGUAGCACGUGUGAGAAAACUAUCAAUAGACUAAAGGAUAUGAAAAAUGAAUUAGAUGUCUUUACGUACUCUACGUCAUAA